GCUAGCUAAAUAGAAAGAAGAUUCAGCGAAAGGGGGCGGACAUUGUGUAUAGCUACUGCACUGUAUGCCUGAAAUAAAGUCUGCAGGAAGUCGACGUGCUCAGAGGUGCUGCGCAAGAGGCUUGACUAGUCUCGUAUCGCGUCAUCGAUAGUUAGCGAUCCUCGUCUUCAGAUUGAUUGCUGCGCGAAGAAUUAUGGAGACAAGAGCCCUAAAAAAUCCAUACACAGACUAUGACGGGACACCAGCCUGCACCCAAUAUCUCUUCGACCCACAUGGCAAACUGACGGCAGAGUUUGCUGGGCGUUUGAGCAGUAAGAUAAGUGAACUGCUGUCCCACAUGGAGCAUGGCCUGAAGUCAGCUGAUCCCAGAGAUUGCAGUGGCUACACUGGGUGGGCAGGUAUUGCCCUGCUAUACCUGCACCUCUCCAACGUCUUUGGGGAGCCCUCUUUCCUACAGAGGGCGCUGGACUACGUGAGCCGCAGCCUGCAGUGCUUAACACGCCGCUGGGUGACCUUCCUUUGCGGAGAUGCGGGGCCUCUGGCGGUGGCUGCCGUGGUCUACCAUAGGCUGCAGAGGAGACAGGAGGCUGAUGAGUGUCUAAGCAGGCUGCUCCAGCUCCACCGGUCCGUGGUGAAGGGGGAGGGUAGUCUGCCGGAUGAGCUUCUGUACGGCAGGAUCGGCUACCUCUCCUCCCUGGUUUUCGUCAACCAGCAGUUUGAAGAGGAGAAGAUUCCCAUGCAGUACAUCCAGCUGAUAUGUGAGGCUAUCCUGGCUUCAGGGGAGAAUCUGUCCAAGAAACGCCGGUACCAAGAGAAGACUCCCUUACUGUAUGAAUGGUACCAGGAGUACUAUGUGGGUGCUGCUCACGGCCUCACGGGAAUCUACUACUUCCUCAUGCAGCCUGGCUUUGGGGUGGGUGAGGAGAGGUUACUAAUGCUAGUGAAACCCAGCGUGGACUUCGUAUGCCAGCUGAAGUUCCCGUCGGGCAACUUCCCGCCCUGCAUCGGGGAUUCGCGCGACCUGUUGGUGCACUGGUGCCACGGCUCUCCUGGGGUCAUCUACAUGCUUCUGCAGGCCCACAAGGUGUACGGUGAGGAGCAGUACCUUAUAUAUGCGCUGCAGUGCGGGGAGGUGAUCUGGCAGCGCGGCCUGCUCAAAAAGGGCUACGGCCUGUGCCAUGGUGCGGCUGGCAACGCCUACGGCUUCCUGGCCCUCUACAAGCACACCCGCGACCCCAAGUACCUGUACAGGGCCUGCAAGUUCGCAGAGUGGUGCAUGGACUAUGGCAAACAUGGCUGCCGGACACCUGACACACCUUUCUCUCUCUUUGAAGGCAUGGCUGGCACCAUCUACUUCCUGGCUGACCUGCUGCAGCCCCUGAGGUCAAAGUUUCCCGCCUUCGAGAUGUAAAGCCGCCUUCCACCGGCGCCGCCCUUGUGGUGAAACCCGCCCCCCUGCCUGCCUCCCUGUCUCGGCCAAAGUUCACCAGUUUGUCAUCCUAACAGAAGACUGAGAAGUGGGGCUGAAGCCCCC